AAUGAAGGAGGGGAGUAGAAGGAGAGUCAGGUGAGGCUCGGUGUGAAGGUACCUUCGGCACGAGGCAAAUGGGUGGCAGAAGGGUGGUUUAUCGACCAGGACGCGAACCUCGAGAAGCUCAGUAUUCGCGGGACCAUCACUCCGUUAAAACGGUCGCGCGCUAGACAGAAAUUUUCCGUGAUAUCUUUCUCUUCCUUAUUUGCCUUGUAACAAAGAGAAGAAGAAGAGAACAAUUAAGAAGAAAGAAAUAAAAGAGGAAGUUCAAAGAGAAGAUCAAGGAGUGUCCGAUGCGAGUACCAUCGAAUUUUUAGACCAUCAUUCCUUGGUGAAACGCGCGAAUUUCAAAAGGAAUCACGACGUAGAGAUAAAAGCUCUUGCACAUCAAAGAUGAUUACGGCAUUACCAGUUCCAUCUGUAAAGGUCUUCCACAAAACUUAUUAUCAAGAGAAGGGAACAAGAAUAGGAAACAGCCAACCGGGAAGUCCAUUGGCAGAAAGCGAGGCAGUCUUAGCAUUGGUCGACAAAGAGCCACCUGAAUAUUAUUUUUGUGGAAAGGUAAAUUCUCUCCACGUUGUUGUGGGAUCUUUACUUUUUGGAGCCGUCGUGCUCGUCGUCGGCUUAGUUCAGCUUGCACCGGGAGCCGAAGCCGCACAAAAUUCAGCUGUAUUGAUAGCGGCUGGAUGCGGUCUUCUCGUAGUUGGUGUUUUAUUGGCGCCUCUUCGAGCUCUCUGUAUCAGAAGACAAAAGGCAGCCCAAAAGGACGGUACACAUCAGCGAAGUAUCACCAGCAUAGACAAACUUCUUUCUCAAAACAGAGAUUUCACUGUCCUAACACCGGACGAAUUGGAGGACCUCGUAGGAAGGCCGGCCUCAAGCUUGGAGAACAACAAACCGAGUUCGAAACAAGUUCGAAAUACCUAGGUAUUGUCAGCCUCGAAGAAGGCAAUGCCUUCGUCGCCGACGUGCUCGAACACAGCAUCCUCAUUGACAUCACCAGGAACGAGCUCAUCUAUUCUUUACACUCAUCGUUUCGACUCACGCGAGCACAGUCUCGUUUGAAAAGAAGCUUGAAGGCUUAUCAAAGCGAGCUUGAAAAUCGUUCGUUCUCCAUUUUAUCGUUUUUUGCUAAAUUGAAAAAGAAUGAUAGAAUUAAAAAGGGAAAAGAAAAUUACGACGACGACGAAGCACAUAAAAAAAUAAUUCAUUUAACAAUUAACGUUACUAUAUUCGAUCAUCUAAUGAUUUAUUACUCAAUUUUCUCUGUUAGUAUUACGGAUCUAACGUGUAAUACUAUCUUCGUUUCCGACCAAUUGGCGUUUUACUUGAUUAUUAUUAUGGUUUCGGGUCCAACGUGGAAAAACGUACGUUUCUGAUAUAUCGAUCUAUUAUCGGCAUGCUCGUAUUCCCAUUGGUAUAUAAACCGAAUCGUUCUACGUCAAACGAUGCAAUAUUAACGAAAUUAUUAUUAAAUUCUCAACUUUGUAUUUUUCACACCAAUGAAUAUAAAGCUAUUUCUCUUCCACGAAAGUUUAUCGAAAUUUUAUUCCGAUUAGUUCUAAACUGAUGAGACUUUGAAAUUAGAUAAUAUUAUUUUUACGCAGCUCAAUUAAAUCGACAGACAUUUACAAUUUCACAAUAAUUCAGGUGAAAAAAUUAAAAUAAAGUAGAUCAGUUAAUUGUAAGCUAAACAGAAUUGAAUAAGUCUAUAAUAUUAUUAAAGAUAAUAAUAGUAAGCACGCAGGGGCCUAAGCCUAAUAUCUAUCAAUAAUUUAGUUUAUGAAAUAACGGGGAUAAUUUAUAAACUGCAUAAAUAAAUCGUUUCCUUGCAUUUGAAGUCAUAAACAUUUCAUCGUUAAAUCAUAAAUGCAGUCAGCUGUUAUUUCAGAAUACUCAUCAAUUUAGAAUGAUUUAUGUAGAUAAAAUUAGAUUCAAUCAAAACAUGGAGUCCACUAAAGUUGGCAAGUUUAACUUUCGAAAUCGAUUGAAAAUCUUAUCGAUUGACGUAGAAUGGCUCGGACAGAGAAACGAUACGUCGAUGAUUUAAGAUAAUUUGAGAUUAAAGAGCGUUGUUUUUUCUUCCUUUCAAAAAAGUCGAAAAAGAAUUCAUUUUUAAUACGCGACUGUAAGUCGUCAUAUUCGUCAAUGUUCGUGAGUGAAAUUUCUUUUUCGACGAAAAAAAAAGGAAAGAAAGUAACGCACUAAUUCGGCAAGGGUAGUCAAUGAUCGACCAAUCAAGGAUUGCCUUCCCUUCGUCGUACGUUGUUCAAGUUGCGGUCCACUCUUUGUGUUCCAAGAAAAAAAAAAAUAUUAAAAAAAAAAAAAAAGAGAAAAAGAACGAAGGUAUUCGUCAUGCAUUUAAUCGAACAUCUCUAAAGAAUGCUUAAAAAAGUGAACUAAACAUUGAGCGAGUUGAGAUAUGACAUCCAUAUACAUAUAUACAUAUAAAUAAUAUAUACACUAUACUCGAGAGAAGACACGAAUAACAACAUAAUCAUAAAGUUAACCGAGAUGUAGCGACGUAAGUGUAUAUUUCUCGUAUCGUAAUUUUUCUAAUGGGAUUUGCGUACUUAACGUUUCUCCGAUGGACAACUGAGAAACGUAUUUUCUGUUUUAAAAUCGUUAGAACGCGUCAGCCCGCGACAUACGUAUAUUACAUUAUGUAUAUAUUAUUUCCACCGUCAAUGGAAAUAAAUUCGAUUGAUGGUAACGCGAAAAAGAUCUCAUUUUCUUAUUCUUAUUAUUAUUACUACUUGUUAUUAUUAUUGUUAACAUAUUUAUCGUUCUUUAUUCUUGAAAAUAACGUUGGAUUUUGUCGUACCUCUCUUAAAAAAGAAAGUAUGUAAAUUUAUCGGGGAAAAAAAAAGAAAAGGAAAACUUUGUUAUUCCGUUCAGUUUCGCCCACGCCAAAGUCAAUUUGUAGGAACCCUUUGUGCAUCGAAAGAAUAUAUAUAUAUAUAUGUAUAUGUAUAUAUAUGUGUAUAUAUAUACAUAUAUAUAUAUAUAUAUAUAUAUAUAUAUAUAUAUAUAUAUAAAAUCGAUCAAUCCUCUUGCAAAAAAUAAUGUCGUUACACGAAGGGUUUAAUGAAAUCGCGUUCGAACUCGGAAUAAUCCAUAUUACAAUCCCGUCAAGAUAUAAGUCUGAGCAACUGCCCUUAUUAAAAAUGAUGAAGAAGAAGAAGAAGAAGAAGAAAAAAAAUAAAAAAAAAAUAAAAUAAAAAGGUAUAUAAUAUAUACGUGUAUAAAUAGUGUAUCUCGUGAUAUGCCGUGACGAUCGGAUCUUUACUUUCACCCCGUAAACGAUCGUUUGGUAAACUCUUACUUUCGCCAUAAUGUCACAAUGAAAAAUUAGCUUAGAUAAACGCGAAGAUCUUCUUAUUUCGCGUAAGGUGAGAAAAUUAAUCUGGAAAAAAAUGUAUGACCGUUUUUACCGUCGAUGUGUCACGUGCCUAGUAGCAAAAAUCGUUAAAUUAUUUCGCAUUUUUCGAAAGACACGAGUUCGCCUUCAUCGUGCUUAGCGAAGAUAAAUAAAAAUAAUAGAUAAAUAGUUUAGGGAUGCAAAGGAAAGCGUUCGCUUUAGAUUAACCUUACUUUAUCAAGUUCCUGCGAGAUUAUUAUAAAAAUGAUAAAAGGAGCUUCGGCGAUACAAUCUUUUCUAGCUUUUAAGCUGAUUUUUUAAAAGGAAAAAUAAUAAUAAUAAUAAUAAUAAUAAUAAUAAUAAUAAUAAUAA